AUGGGUCUCUUCCACCACCACGACCACCACAAGGAGGAGGGCCACCACGGAGGCCCUCCCCACGGCGGUCCCCAGCAAGGCCCCGGCGGCCCUGGCGGCCCUGGUUUCGGUGGUCCUCAGGGUGGCCCUCAGCAUAACGGUGGUCCCAGUGGCCCUGGAGGAUUUGGCGGCCCUGGAGGUCACCAGGAAGGACCUGGCUUCGGAGGACCCCAGGGUGGACCUGGUGGUCCCGGUGGUCACCACGGCGGCCCUGGAGGUCCUGGAGGACAAGGUGGAUUUGGCGGUCCUCAGGGCGGUCCUGGAGGACCUGGUGGACAUCACGGUGGACAUGGAGGCCCCCAGGGAGGUGUACGUAUUUCCCUCAUUGAUUGA